AUGUAAUUGCCACCAUAACCAGUUGGAGUAAUGACUUAUUACUCUGAUUAAUAUGAACCUUAGUGUCCAUUAUGUCAAUCAGGAGAGCAUACUUCAUAAACAGAAUCCAAUUUCGUUUAGUCAUCACACGCAAUGACUGGAUAACAAAUUCGAGGGAGAGUUGUGUACACAUCUCCUGAGAGAAUAGUCUCUCGAAAGGUGAUCGAAGGUGUUGCUUUAUCACCAAUGCAACUAAGAUAACAAUAAGCAAUUACUCCUCCCAGAGUGAUGCCAAUAACUUCUUAAAUAAUCAAUACACCCCCCAUCAUUCAAUAGAAGUCCCCAAUAUUGGUUCAAUAAUCUCCAGUGAUUAUGUAGCAAGCUCCUAUUCAACUACAAUAAUCUCCUAUGGCCAUCAACACUUAAUCAAACAUAAUCUAAUAGGCUAUUUAUCAACCACCAAUUUAAUAGUAAUAUCAAGUGCAACCUUAAAUUUAAUAGGCUUAAAUAACUCAAACUAACAUAAAUACUUAAUAAUUUAAUUAAUAACUUUAACAAUCUCAGUUAAUAUAGCAAGAAUUGUUAUUGAAAUAAAAAGAAUGGGCUGAGAAAUACUACAAAUAAUCUGAAGAAAUUUAAUAACACAACUUAGCGUAUUCUUAAUUGUAAUCCUAAUACCAAGAGUAAUUAGAGUAAUAUGAAGCCUUGAAACAAGCCUAUUCACUCACAACUUAAUAUUAAACUCAAAACUUUAUUCCAUCAUUUUUGUAAACUGUCUAGUAUAAAGUAAUAAACAAAGAUGGCAAUUCUUAAUAUAGUUAAGAAGAAAUUGAAUUAUAUUGGAGGCAUCAGGUUUAUCAAUUAGAAUAACAAAUGUAUUAGUUGUGGGAGAAGAUUAAUUAGAAAAAGCUGAAAAAGGAUUUACCUACCAAAUCAGAAGACACUCAAAAAAUUGAGUAAUUACAAUUGGAGGUUGGACAUUUAGAACACAUUUAAAGAAUGAAAAUGAAUUCUGUAGUAAUUCUGAGAAAUAAACUAAAUGAUCUUAUGUAUUAACAUGAUCCAGCCACAGAGGCUACACGAGAAUAUGACUUAUAAUUAUAGCAACUCAGAUAAAAAGUAAUGCAAUUGAAUUCGAGAUUGACUGAAGUGCAGGAUGAAAUAUAAAUGUCAGAAGCUUAAAAUGAAGCAAUCAAGAGUGGAAAAGGAUUUAAAUUUGUGUCUGUCAAAUAAGCUACUAGCUAAGUUAGGUAAGUAACAAAUUCUGUAAGAACAAAUUAGGCUUAAGACUAUUAGGCUUAUUGAUUAUACAUUAUAUUUAAGAUUAAU